GUAAGAUACAACAAACCUUGUGAGCACUUAAAACUCAAUUCCUCCCCUGGUUCGAAUUUGGCGCAGCCCCUCUCUCUCUCUCUCUUUCUCUUGCUGCCUCUCUCUUUCGCAACUCUCAAAAGAGGGAAGCAGCCAAAUCCCAAUGGCGUUUGCAUCUUCGAUCUCCCAUUCUUUGCAGGGCUCUGCACUGUCACGCGACGUACUAUAUCCAAUUACCAAGAUCUACCCAUCACAACUCUCCAUCCCUCAAUCCUCUCCCAUCUCCAAAAAGGAGAGGAAGUUGUUAAGCUUUCAUAUUCGUGCUUCAGUAACAGAUGGGCGAGAAUCAUCUAUAGAAAAACAAGAACCAUCAAUAGAAAAGGUUCCGUUUCCCAAAGGCGACUCUUGGUCUGUUCAUAAAUUUGGUGGUACCUGUGUGGGAAGCUCCCAACGAAUUCGGAAUGUUGCUCAGAUAAUUGUUGAUGAUGAUUCGGAAAGAAAGUUGGUGGUUGUGUCUGCAAUGUCAAAGGUGACUGAUAUGAUGUAUGACCUUAUCUACAAGGCGCAGUCUCGGGAUGAUUCUUAUAUAGCUGCGUUGGAUUUUGUUUUAGAAAAGCACAAGUUAACAGCAGUUGAUCUACUUGAGGGGGAAGAUCGUGCUAUUUUCCUUUCGCGGUUGUAUCAUGACAUUAAUAACCUUAAAGCGAUGCUUCGUGCAAUAUAUAUAGCUGGUCAUGCAACAGAGUCUUUUACAGAAUUUGUCGUAGGACAUGGAGAGUUAUGGUCAGCUCAAAUGCUGGCGUCACUUGUCAGAAAGAACGGUGUGGAUUGUAAUUGGAUGGAUGCAAGGGAUGUACUUAUUGUAAAUCCUACUGGUUCUGAUCAAGUUGAUCCAGAUUACUUGGAAUCUGAAAAAAGACUUGACAACUGGUUUUCGCAAAAUCCAUCUAAGACAAUCAUUGCAACUGGUUUCAUAGCCAGUACACCUCAAAAUAUUCCCACGACACUGAAAAGAGAUGGAAGUGACUUCUCCGCAGCUAUAAUGGGUGCUUUGGUCAAGGCACGGCAAGUCACAAUCUGGACAGAUGUGGAUGGUGUUUAUAGUGCAGAUCCACGAAAAGUUAGCGAGGCUGUGGUACUGAAGACAUUGUCUUAUCAAGAGGCCUGGGAAAUGUCAUAUUUUGGAGCAAAUGUUUUACAUCCCCGGACCAUCAUUCCCGUAAUGCGAUAUGACAUUCCGAUUCUUAUAAGAAACAUCUUCAAUCUCUCGGCACCUGGAACGAUGAUCUGCCGGCCUCCUGUCAAUGAAUUUGAAGAUGGGCAGGGAAUGGAAUCUUUUGUCAAAGGUUUUGCAACAAUAGAUAAUUUGGCCCUUGUAAAUGUUGAGGGAACUGGAAUGGCUGGUGUUCCUGGUACCGCUAGUGGCAUUUUUAGUGCAGUGAAAGAUGUAGGAGCUAACGUAAUCAUGAUAUCCCAGGCUAGCAGUGAGCAUUCUGUCUGCUUUGCCGUCCCUGAGAAGGAAGUAGAUGCUGUUGCUAAGGCUUUACAGUCUAGAUUUCGUCAAGCUCUGGAUGCUGGGCGUCUCUCUCAGGUUGCAGUUAUCCCGAACUGUAGCAUUUUGGCAGCCGUAGGCCUGAAAAUGGCUAGUACUCCCGGAGUCAGUGCGACGCUUUUCAAUGCACUUGCAAAGGCUAAUAUCAAUGUCCGUGCUAUAGCCCAAGGUUGCUCAGAGUAUAAUAUCACUGUGGUUGUCAAGCGAGAAGACUGUGUAAGGGCUCUAAGGGCUGUUCACUCAAGGUUUUAUCUCUCUAGAACCACAAUAGCAAUGGGUAUUGUUGGACCUGGAUUGAUAGGUGGUACCUUGCUUGACCAGCUCAGAGAUCAGGCAGCAGUCUUGAAGGAAAAGUUUAACAUUGACUUGCGUGUUAUGGGAAUCACAGGUUCUAGGAGAAUGCUUUUGAGUGACACGGGUAUUGACUUGUCUAGAUGGCGAGAACUUGAAAAGGAGAUUGGACAAGUGGCCGACCUGGGGAAAUUUGUCCAAAAUGUGCAUGGAAAUCAUUUUAUUCCAAAUACGGUGUUGGUAGAUUGUACAUCAGACUCUGGCAUUGCAAGUCAUUACUAUGACUGGUUGCGAAGAGGGAUUCACGUAAUUACUCCAAAUAAGAAGGCGAACUCCGGACCACUUGAUCAGUAUUUGAGGUUGAGAGCUCUUCAACGACAGUCCUAUACACAUUACUUUUACGAAGCUACUGUAGGAGCUGGUCUUCCAAUUAUUAGCACAUUACAAGGUCUCCUUGAAACUGGGGACAAAAUAUUGCAGAUUGAAGGCAUUUUCAGUGGGACUCUGAGUUACAUUUUCAACAAUUUCAUAGGAACACAAUCUUUCAGUGAGGUGGUGGUGGGGGCAAAAGAGGCAGGUUAUACUGAGCCGGAUCCAAGAGAUGAUUUGUCUGGAAUGGAUGUGGCCAGGAAGGUGAUAAUUCUUGCCAGAGAAUCUGGUCUAAAGUUGGAACUUUUCGACGUACCUAUCGAAAGCUUGGUGCCUGAACCAUUAAGGGUUAGUGCAUCUGCUGAGGAAUUUCUCCAACAACUGCCACAAUUUGACCAAGACAUGGCUAAUAAACGUCAGGAUGCCGAGGAUGCAGGAGAAGUCUUGAGAUAUGUUGGGGUAGUGGAUGUGGUUAAUCAAAGAGGCGCUGUGAAAUUGGAAAGAUACAAGAAAGAUCACCCAUUCGCACAACUUUCCGGAUCAGACAACAUCAUUGCAUUUACCACCGAGAGGUACAAGCAGCAGCCUCUGAUUGUCCGAGGGCCAGGUGCUGGGGCACAAGUCACUGCCGGUGGAAUCUUCAGUGACAUUUUGCGGCUUGCUUCAUACCUUGGUGCCCCAUCAUAAUUAUGGUUUUCUCUAGCCAUGAACAGGGCAAUGUCAUUCUUUAACCUUAGAGACGAGAAGUUUCGUGGUUUUGUGUUAGUUUGCAUUUUCUUAGUCUGAUUCACAUUAAAUUUGUUAAAGUAGGUUUGGGACUAGAUAGCCAGAUUUCUUUCUCAUUGUUCUUUUUAGCUCGCAAGUAUCUGGGGAGGUAUAGAUUCAGUGUCUAUUUGGGCGCCACCUUUUCACAUUUUCAUUAUCUCAUUUUUCA